AUGCCUCCUGCAAAGUGCGACGUCAUCCCAAAGGAGCAGUUCACGCCCUUUGCUGAAAGGCGCGCCUGCUCGGGGUGUCGCAAGAUCAAGUCUCGCUGCAUCUUUCCGGACGACUCAAUCAACUGUACAAGAUGCAUUCGCCUCAGCAUCGACUGCGUCGUUCCAUCCCAUCAUCGAGGCGUCAAACUCGAAGCUCAACUUCCAAAGUCGUCUUCCUCCACCACGCCGCUCAAGCGCACCAGCUCCAAGAGUCACUUGCGCGAUUCCGCCAGCCCAGCCCCCAACGGAGAAUUGGAUGGCUCUUCCUCAACUUCUGUCAACCCCUUUUCGGUGCAGAGCCUGCUCGACACCACCUCGUCCGAGAGCACAGCGUCCAAAGCGCUUCUCUCUUCCACCUUCCAUUCACACAUCCAAGAGGAGCCUGCCGUCAAACUCGCCACUGCAGCUGCCAGGCGUCCACUCAUCGAGUCGGUCAUCACCGCCGGCCUCUUUGACGAGGACGAGGUGGCCGAACUGGUACGCUUCUACUAUGAGCAUCUCAACCCAAUCAUUGCACUUCUCGACUGUCAGAUUUACACGCUCAAGGCGCUCAAGACCAAUCCCGACUAUCGCAUCUUGCUAGCCGCCAUUUGCACCGUUUCGUCUAAAUUCGUCAAGGUUGAGCGAUACCUUGACGCCCUCGAGCUUCUCAAACCCGCCCUCUCCCGUAUCGCAGCUGACGACAUCCCUCCUCAGCUCGAGAUCAUCCAGUCGCUCUCCAUUCUCGCCAUGUGGAAGCACCCAAAGGAUGGCAGCAGUUGGCGCAAAGUCCGACUCGCCAUCACGCAAGCCUUUGAGCUUGGCUUGCACGAGCUUUUCGGUCCUCAGAAGCGUUCCAAGGCCGGUCUCUCGAGGUCCUUUAUCCAGUCGCAACGCACCCUCAUGCAGCUCUCCUGCUUUGAAGAUGGCUACCGCGACCAGCGCCACUUGCCGCCAGCCAUCGAUCCCAGCCUGCUUCCCGACCCUCGCGAGUGGAUCGACUCGCUCGGCGACAUGGUGCAGGACAUUGACGUCCGUCUCGCCGCUUCGCGCGAAAACGCCAACAUCAAACGCGACCUCAUCACAUCGCUCAAGCAGUCCAACGCUCGAAGUCCCAACCCGACGCAGAUCAGCCGCGCCACAUGUCUACGCAACGCAAGGCUCAUCAAGAUGGGCAUCACCGCACAGACGUGUUCUAGUUCAGUUUGGAUGAACCCACCGGCAAGCGAGAUCCCUUGCCAGCACUCGGGACGUCCAUGUCUCAUUUUUCACGACACCAACACGCUUUUCAACUAUCAUCGCGCGUUGUAUUCGAUCUACAGCUCGCCUCUGCUGUCUGGACCUGCGUUUGCCCAAGAUCGCCAAGCCGCAUUUCGCAAGUGUUCCGAGCUGUCGGUGCAGCUUUUUGAGCUGCUCAAUGGCGUCUAUGGCCAGGCAGGCUACUAUCGAUACGUGCACGACAUUGUGAUCCUCAACCUUGCGGUCGCAGCCGUGUGGAUCUGCGACAAUUGGCGCGCCAUGCCGCAUGAGCUUGCAAUGCAUGCUUGCCUGGCCAUACGUCAGGCUGCCGAUGCUACCUCGCCUUCGUUGGAGAAUCAUCUCGAGCAGGGUUCCUACCUGGCGCGUUUCUUGCGCUUCUGCUGUAAGAAGCUGCCAUCGACCAUCUCGAUCAAUGAAAACUCUCCGAUCAAUGCCGAGGAUCUCGUCAUUUCCGAGGAUGCAAAGUGGGCCAUGGGCUUGAACCCCUUUUCUCAGGUAUCCAACACUGUCUUUGGUGCCGCGCCGUCUAGUUUCGGCCCUCCGUUCCGAUCGCCGCAUAUGCAGGGUGCGUCUCCGAACGGUGCCGAUUGGGGUGGACUGCCCAGGUCCAAGUACGGCGGACUGCACAGCAGCAGUAACGGCAACGGCAACGGCAACAGCAACAGCAAUGGCUCACAGCAUGGCAUUUGUCACAGCACGUCGAGCCAGACUUUUGGCUCGCCAUCGCUGCUUUCCGCGUCGUCGCCUCAGGGUCGUUUCGGCGAUGGCGGUGCCAACGGCGGCGACGCUUCUUCGAUCUUCAGCAACGGACACGCGCAGAGUCACAGCCACGGCGGCCAAGGCCACGCGCAACUCCGUCGUCUAUCACAUCACCAGACAGCUGCCAUGAACAACCAGACGCUACAGUACCUCUCAGAAAGUCUAGUGCCGCCAGCAUACCCUAUGCACUGGGAUACGUAUGACGAUAAUUCGAUCAUUACUUUCCUCCAGUCCAUCUCGAGCGCUUCGGGCUGA